AUGGCAACGGCGCGGCCGCCGCCGCCCGGCGCCAUGCUGUCGGACGAGCGGCAGGAGGCGGAUUUCCAGCGCUUCCUGCGCCGCGUCGACCAGCUCGGCAGAGGGGAGAUCCUCGUUCUCGCAGGGCCGCCCGAGUUCACCUGUGUGUGCCUGGUUUUUGUCCCUUUCCUAGCCGAUUUACUCGAAGGCUUCAAGUCCCCCGACCCCGCCGUGCAGGAGAAAGCGCUUGCUGAGACAGAGGAGAGGCUCCGUGAGCACGAGGGCAGCCCGGAGGAGGGAUGCUGGACAAAAGCGAACAGGACGGCGGUCAACACAGGAGCCCCCGACAUGAAAAAUACAGAGACAGUGAGUACAGGUAGGACACUGUUCCCUGUAUCUCCUAGUUGCUAUGGCUUUCUGGCAGCUUUGGAAAAGGAUGCAAGAGAGCGUGCAAAACGAAGAAAGCGAAACGAGCGUUUAGCAAAUGCUCUGAAAGAGAAAGGAAAUGAUGCCUUCAGGAGAGGAGACUAUGUCGCAGCCAUUCAGAAAUACACGGAAGGCUUAGAAAAACUGAAGGACAAGCAGCAGCUUUACACUAACAGAGCGCAGGCCUACCUGAAGAUGCAUGACUAUGAAAAAGCUAUUGAUGACUGCAAUUGGGCUUUAAAGUGUGAUGAGAAAUGUAUUAAAGCCUAUUUUCUGAUGGGGAAAGCUCACCUGGCACUGAAGCACUUCAGUGAAUCCAGGCAGUGCUAUCAGAAGAUCUUAGACAUUGAUCCACAAAAGAAAAGCCUGUUUAAAGAUUGCAUGACUGAAGUCAACUUGGAGGAAAAAAGAGCGAAUGAAGAAGAGAGAGCUUUGAAGGAAUUUCAGUCUGGCAAGUUUACAGCUUUGUCGAUAAAAGAAUUGCUGCAAAAACUUGAUAAGCCGGACCAGAACAUCCUCUACUAUGCAGGAGGGAUCAGAGUUUUGACAGGAGCCAUUAAAGACUGCACUGAGCAAACUUUAUUUAGAACAAAUGAUGGAUUCAGGAUCAUCACUGACAACAAGGUCAUAAGACGGGGCUUCUCGGCAGAGAGGAAAAAUACUGCUGAAGUGGAUCUCUCCAUUUCUCUUCUCCUCCUCUGGCAAGCUCUCUGCACAGGGAAUGAGGAAAAUCAGCGUCUUUUGUUAACUCGCCCUGAUAUGAACGUACAGCUGUCCAAAUUGCUUUCUUCUGAGGUAGCAGCGAUCCAAAAGGAGACCUUGGCACUUAUCUCCCUCUACUCGGAGACUGAGAAUGGGAGGAGACUAUUGGUCAGGCACCAGGACCUGAGCAUGUGGCUGCACACUUUGAUGAUGUUUCUCCAGAGCCCCGAUGGCAGGGCUGGCAGUGCCAUGAGCAUACUGGCUGAUCUAACCAAAGAGGAAAGUUUCAAAAUCCAGUGUCGCAUCGAGGUUUCCACAGCUGUUUUACCUCUGUUCAGCCAGCUGCUGAGCUCUGCCAAGCUAGUGAAUGGGACAGCCCUUGCUCGCUGUAUUGGCACCAUGGGCGAUCUGUGCACAGACGGCGUUGUGCGCAAGAAGAUGGCUGACUGUCAAGAGUGCUGGCAGGCCUGCCUAAAGCUUGUGGAUGGAUGUCUUCCCGGUGGCAAUACCCCUGAAUACGAGGAGUGCGUGUCUGCGGUGCUGGGCCUGAUGAUGAACUUACUGCUUGAAUCAAGUGCAGCCAUCCAGUGUUUUGCUUUGGACAUAAGUGGGAGAUGCAUGUCCCUACUCAGCAGUAAGGAUGGAAGGAUUGUGACAAGAGCCCUUGGAGUGCUAAGUCGCAUCCUGCCAGCAUCCUCCUCGGCAGUAGAAGAAGUAGUGAAAGGAGGCAUCGUGAAGAAAAUGAUCAAAAUCUUGAAAGCUGGUGGGCAGAUCACAUCCAGUUACGCUAUAAGGGCCCUUUCCAUCUGCACCAAAAGUAACAGUCAAGCUCAAGAAGAGGUGGUGAAGUCAGACAAAAGGUUUGGUGUGCUGCUGAAGCUCUUGAACUCUGAGAAUGAACUUAUUGUGGGAAAUGCUGCUUUCUGCCUUGGACAUUGCCUUGUAGUUCCUGGAGCAGCGACAUCCUUACUGAAUUCCAAUGUUGUGAGGGUUUUGUUGAAACAUGCUGGUGGUGAUGCUACGAACACCUCGGUGCAGGAGAAUGCAGCAGUUGCUCUGGGGAAGCUCUGUACUGCUGAACCAAGGCAUAUCGCUCAACUGCGGGAGCUCAAUGGAAUGGCCAUUCUGAAGUCCUCUAUGAAAUAUGUGCAUAGUGUUUGAAGUCCUCAGACCUUCGUUACAUGCUGUUCACAUGACUUGCUGUUUAAUAUUGUUUCUUCAUUCUUAAAAAUUAUUCAUAGGGCUUUUGAAUCCCUUUUCAUUU